ACUCUUCACUCUUAAUUAAAAGAAAGAAACAAUUCAUUUCUAUUGAAUUUUGUAUCUAAAAUUGAGCUAACAUAUUUCUAAUAAACCCAAACGAAUAAACUAAUGAGUCUCAAUUAAUUAAUUGGUAAACCCACCUUGUCCUCUUCCAUAAGGCCCUAAAUAAAUAACAUUAGGAAAAAUUCAAAAAGAAACACAGAAACACACAAGCUUUUAUAUCCCAUUUCUUCCUCUCUCUUUAGUCCUUUCUUCAGAAAAAUCUGUAGAGAGAGCCACAUUCUUUCCAUUUGGUGUUCCUCAAAACUGAAAAGCUUUCUUUUUAAAAAAAAUAAAAACUCUUUUUUAAGAUACCCAGAUCUUCAAAACACCAAAGAAGACCAUGAAAACCAACUCCAAAUUGUUCACAAUCGGGCUAGUAACAGCCUGGUACUCCUCCAACAUUGGUGUAUUGUUGUUAAACAAAUAUUUACUAAGCAAUUAUGGUUUCAGAUACCCCAUCUUCUUAACCAUGUGUCACAUGACAGCUUGUUCAUUGUUAAGCUACAUCGCAAUUGCAUGGAUGAAGAUGGUCCCCAUGCAGACCAUUCGAUCUAGGGUCCAAUUCUUCAAGAUUUCGGCGUUGAGUUUGGUAUUUUGUGUGUCGGUGGUGUUUGGGAAUAUUUCUUUGAGGUUCCUUCCGGUUAGCUUUAAUCAGGCUGUUGGUGCUACGACGCCAUUUUUUACGGCGGUAUUUGCUUACUUGAUGACAUUAAAGAGGGAGGCAUGGCUUACUUAUCUUACCCUUGUUCCUGUUGUUGCUGGGGUUAUCAUUGCCAGUGGGGGUGAACCAAGUUUCAACCUAUUUGGUUUUAUCAUGUGCAUCUCAGCUACGGCUGCAAGGGCUCUUAAGACAGUUUUACAAGGGAUUUUGCUUUCUUCUGAAGGAGAGAAGCUGAAUUCCAUGAACCUCCUCCUCUACAUGGCUCCAAUGGCUGUCGUAUUUCUACUUCCCGCAACGCUUAUUAUGGAAGAAAAUGUGGUUGCCAUUACCCUUGCCCUUGCUAGAGAUGACAUCAAGAUCAUUUGGUAUCUAUUAUUCAAUUCAGCACUAGCAUAUUUUGUGAAUUUGACCAACUUUUUGGUCACAAAACACACCAGUGCCCUGACUUUGCAGGUUCUAGGGAAUGCAAAAGGAGCUGUGGCUGUGGUGGUUUCCAUCUUAAUUUUUAGAAAUCCAGUCUCCGUUACCGGAAUGCUUGGUUAUACACUCACUGUCUUUGGUGUAAUACUCUACAGUGAAGCCAAGAAACGAAGCAAAUGAGGCAACAUCCCGGGAUCACAAUACAUACGUGCAAUUUUUCUUAUUUUAUUGCAAGGACAACGGUAAAGCUCAAGAAGCAGUUCUGGCUGUGUAGAAGCCUGUGGUGCCAUGGAUUUGCACUAUAGAUUCAAAAUUUUCCCUGUAAGCCUGGAAAAUUAGGUUUUAUAUAUCAUAUAUACAUAGAUAUAUAUCAGAAACAUCAGCUGGAUUAUGAAAACAAAUUAGAGGACUCCCAGAAGUGACUGAUCGGUCUCUAUCAUUCCCAGCUUGGGGUUGUAGAGGAAUAUCUUCAUUUCCUUUUAAACGGAAAAGUCUGUAGAAUUGACACACAGUCCAUUUGUUAUCAAAACAUUGCUAAUAUUUUUUAUUAAUUAAUGAAGGAAACACAUUAGUUUA